AUGUCUGCCCGUCGUCCUCACAACCAGUCCUAUGCCGAUGUUGCUGCGAAGCCCGCGCCGAAAGGCAACUCCGACGUGACCCCAGCGGUCCCCGCCGAUGUGAUCUACAAGCUCCUCGGCUUUACCGCAGCCAUGGUCGCUGGUCCCAUUGGGAUGUACUUCUUGACCGUGAACACGAUCUUCAGCGGGAGCUCAACACUCGCGGGUAUAACCGCAGCCGUCACCGCCAAUGUGGUCUUGUUCGCUUACAUCUACGUGGCCUGGAUGGAGGACCAGGAGGACCGACAAGCGCCCAAGGCGGACUCGAAGAAAGCGCAAUAA